AUGGUUGAGGGGCUAUUUCGCUGCAAUAGAAUUGACGACGCUUUUAUUCUUUUGGAAGAAGUGAUAAACAAGGGAAUAAAGUUGCCAUAUAGGAAGUUCGAUUCCUUUUUGAUGCAACUCUCGACAAUUGGUGAUCUCCAUGCCAUUCACAGGCUUUCAGAUCACAUGAGGAAGUUCUAUAAUCAUGCUAUGGCAAGACGUUAUGCACUAAGCCAGAAGCGUUCUUUUGUUCAUGAAAUCUUGAAGGAUUUGGGGUUCCAUGAAAACCAGCUUAAGAUAUAUAAAUCUGCAGAAGAAUGCAAUGAUCUCUUCACAAAAGGAAGUGCUAAUGAUGGUAUCGAUGCGGCUUUUGACGAAGUCCCUUUCGUGAUGCACCUUCUUGGAACUUAUUGCUCCAAGUAUGUCAUGGUUGAGCCAAGAUUUAAAACUGGUGGUUUUGGCUUUACGAUUUAA